GACGAUUCUUAAUGUGGAUUUGUCGAGCGACGACCAGAAACCUGAUCAAAAGACUAUGUCCAAGACGUUAUACCUAUAUGAGACAAUAUGUUACUGAACCUCAAGCAGAAAAGGAAACUAUUCGAGUUACUUUUGUGUUACAAGAUGGAACAAAAAAGGAAAUUGAAGCACCCAUUGGAAAACAUAUUCUACAGCUAGCUCACGAACACGACAUUGACUUGGAAGGUGCUUGUGAAGGCUCUCUGGCUUGUUCCACUUGCCAUGUUUAUUUGGACGAGAAAUCCUACAACAAGUUACCUGAACCUUCAGACGACGAAAACGAUAUGUUAGAUUUGGCCUUUGGACUGACAGAAUAUUCAAGGCUGGGUUGUCAGGUAGUUGCCAGUCCAGAAUUAGAUGGUAUGGUCAUCACUUUGCCUCCAGCUACUAGGAAUAUGAUGGUAGAUGCACAUGUCUCAAAACAUCAUUAAGGAGUUUGACAACAAUUUGGAGCAACUUGAGUGUAUAUAUAGCAAUAUAUAGUCCCUCCAACUUGAUGGUAUGAAGCAACUCUCCAUCAAAAUGAUACCUUGAGGAUGAUGAAAAGUUUUUCUUCGUUUUCUGCUAUUGAAUGAAUGAAUGAAUGAAUGAAUAUUCGCCAUUCUUCGAUUGACAAUUGCAUCUCAAUAAGUACAACUUGUCGUGCAUAGCCAUACAUAUA